GGGAGAAAGAGGAGGUCUUAUAAGCAGCUGCUCAGGGGAAGCAGCAGGGAACGCAGACAGUCUCUCUCACUGCGAAGACAGGAGGCGAACCGAGCCACUUAUGCUCUGGUCUCUGCGGAAACCUGCGCCAAACUCAUGACGGGCGGACGGAUAUCGCCUGCACUCAGCAGAUCACCACAGACAGAGAACAGUUAAGCCAGAUGACCAGACACGAAUCAGCCCAAAUUCUGUGCAAAGCCAAGGUAAGGGGCCUGUGUUUCCUCCUCCUCCUGUACUUCCAUCCAGGUGUGGCGGAUGUACCUGGCACCUGUCGACACUCCAUGAGGAAGGAUCACCUGGUGACAAUCAGGCGUCUGAUUGAUAACCAAUUGCAAAAUGGCUGCUCGAUAACCUACACAUUCACCCAGCAGGGAGGUCUGAGUAAGGCUUGUUACGUGAAGGCCGCUCUUCCCCAAGUGCUGGAGCUCCUCAGCACGCAUUUCGGAUAUGCCGGGGGUUCCGACAACGGACGCUAUGUGCAGGCGCUGAAGGAGCUCCUACACAACGUGUACUCGCAGAAAUGCAUCCCGGCGCUCAACGAGGAGCUGGAGGAUGACCCGGUGAAGUUUUCGAAAGUCUACAGCAGCUCACCCAGAGAGGCCCUGGAAAAGGCACAGCAGGUCCUCAGCUUCUACGUGGAACUGAUGACCAUGAAUGACAUGCCAGUCAACUGGAACUGUGAGGAGGAGUAUGGGGAAACCUACCCAGAAUUCACCACAGCCCCCACCCAGCCUACAGGUACUGCUGGAUGCCAGUGCCCCAGCCACACGGUGGACUAUGGGGCUUCUGAGCAGGUUUCCACAGCAACCAGCAGCCUAUGGAUAGCUCUCUCGGACCCAGCCACUCCCCCUUCCCCCUCCUCCUACACCCCAGGCCGGACCUCAGCGGGCCUCGGGACCCUAAAGCAGAGUGACAGCCAUCGGAGCACUGAGGUCACCGUCUCUGAUACGACUCCUGGCACCAGUGCAGGAAAGGAGGAGUUGGGCGGAGUCACAGUGUCGUCCGCCGUCUCGACGCCCGCUGGACUCUUCGCUUCCAACCCCUCACCCGGAUACAGCUCUGCAUCCUCUGAUAAAGAGGGAGACUUUCCUCUGGCGACGAGCACCCAUCUCUCCGGCCAGGAGCCCAACCUUGCCUCGACAUCUCCUGAUACCCUCGGCUCGGCGGACAGCACCCCGCUUCCCGAUGUGACUAUGGAGAGCGUGCAGGUGGAGGACUUUUCUGUAGACAGAGCCGAGGUGGAGGACAGAGGCCCAGCUGAGACAGUAUCAGUUUUCACGCAAAUCCUUGGAGAAACUGGGGGGUCUGUGUCUGGCACAGCUACCAGACACAGCUCCCUUGGACCACACAGGGCAACCAUCUCCUCACAAGUGCUCACAGGACACGCACCUGUCCCAUUACAGGACCAUGCUGACGACGCUUCCAAAAGGCCAGUGGUUGGAGCCUCUGGGCCAUUAGCAAAGAGAUCAGUGGAUCCCAGACUGUAUAAACCACAUUCCCAUUCAGGAGCGGAUGCACAAAGUGGGAUUUUUGAUGAUUCCCGACUGCUUUCCAGCCGACCCCCAGAAACAGCUGAGGAGAGUACAACAAGAAAGAAUGUUCUGGAGGAUCUGAGUGAUCUGGUAAUGACUCCCCCAGUCAGUGGCCCUACUGCAGAAAGCUCCUCUCAUACUCCAAAGACCUGGCUCAGGGAGGUUGCUUCCUCUUUGAGCCGGAUGGACGACCACUCCAGGGGACCACCUGGUGAAGACAAAUUGCUUGCACCCACACUUCACCUGUCCCCCUCACCUGUCCCUCAGCAUGAGACAGUGUCUAAAGAUAUCGCUGAUGAGGUGGCCAUCAUCUCAGAGCGGCCGGCCUACCGGAGAGCAGCUCCUGGAAGCUCAGAGGAUCCCUACAGGUUUGCCCUCAUGCUGACCCCGGUGUGUGGAGGGCUUCUGCUCCUUAUCGCCCUCUGUUUCCUCAGGCGGAAUAAGAAACUCCAGAAUCUUCUUCGCAGAUUCCAAAUGACCGAAAACCAGAGGUUGACUUCAUGCAGCACGCAGGACCUGGAGAUGCAGGAGCAAACAUGUCUCCCUUCUCCAUAUAGGAAAUGAGCCAAACAGCAAGACUCCUUCCACUGAAAAAGUCUACAGUCGUGUCUAUCUGAAAUUAAAUUUGCCUGAAAUUACCUGAGGACUCUGAAUCAGAAAAUAUCUGAAUAUGACACAUGCAUGCAAACCCACACACACACACACACAUACACACACACACAACUUUUGAAAGUUCUAUUUUUGUACAGCAUGAGAAAGGAUUAUUAUUGUUAUUAUUUUUAAAUAAGAUGUCUAUUACAAAAAAUAGACUCGUGUUAUUUGCUGUUUGUAGAUGUGGACCAGCCUUGUUCUUUAAAAGGACUGUCAGUAGAUGGCAACUGGUGAUAUUAAUUUCACACCACACACUCCAAGGUGUCCCAGAGGAGUUGGUAACCAAUGACCAUUUUCUCUCCGAUGUGUCAUAGGACUUAUUAUUAAUUAAAUCAUUAUUUAUUUGCUAAGCAGCUUUCUUUUCAUAUGUUAUCUAUUUAAACAUCUGGAUAUUUACAAAAGAAGCAAGAAGGGUUAGAGUGCCAUGGCUUUGCCCACUCUGGAUUUGAGCCUGCAACCUUCCAUCAUGAGGCAGAUUACCUUACCACUAUGCAUCACUCCUACCAAAUGUAUUGGAUGGAAUUAACAGACAUAAAUGCUUUUUAACUGAAUGUUCUAUUUUUGUUUAUUUAUAUCUGUAUUUCAAUAUCGUUGAAAUCAUAUCUGAUGCACAGAAAUGUACAUAUCUGCCCUGCUUUUUAAGUAUGGAUGUGCAUAUUUUCUUAUGAGCUCUCUUCAUCUAUGUGUCAGCACUGAAUGUGUUUUUAAGAUGUA